CUCAGCUCGCUUCGUCCUGCUUCCUCAGCCUGGACCUCAGUAGAGGUGGGGUGGGUGUCGACCGCGGCAGCGAUAGUGACAGUGACUGCCCGCGAGCCGGACGGAAAUGGCGAUGGCGAUGUCGGACAGCGGGGCGAGCCGUCUGAGGCGGCAGCUGGAGUCGGGCGGCUUCGAGGCGCGGCUGUACGUGAAGCAGCUCUCUCAGCAGUCGGACGGGGACCGGGACCUCCAGGAGCACCGGCAGCGCAUCCAGGCGCUGGCGGAGGAGACGGCGCAGAACCUGAAGCGCAACGUGUACCAGAACUACCGGCAGUUCAUAGAGACGGCCCGCGAGAUCUCCUACUUGGAGAGCGAGAUGUAUCAGCUUAGCCAUCUGCUCACCGAACAGAAGAGCAGCCUGGAAAGCAUCCCGCUCACGCUGCUUCCUGCCGCCGCCGCCGGAGCCGCCGCGGCCUCUGGUGGGGAGGAGCGAGGUGGGGCGGGGGGCCGAGACCACCUCCGAGGUCAGGCCAGCUUUUUCCCCACCCCCGGGGGCGCCUCCCGCGACUGUUCAGGUCCGGGCGAGGAAGGAAAGCAACGCACCCUCACCACCCUGCUUGAGAAGGUGGAAGGCUGCAGGCACCUGCUAGAGACACCGGGACAGUACCUGGUGUACAACGGGGACCUGGUGGAGUACGAGGCGGACCACAUGGCCCAGCUGCAGCGGGUGCAUGGCUUUCUCAUGAACGAUUGUUUGCUGGUGGCCACCUGGCUGCCACAGCGGCGGGGGAUGUAUCGCUACAACGCUCUCUAUCCCCUAGAUGGCUUGGCCGUGGUCAAUGUCAAGGACAACCCACCCAUGAAGGACAUGUUCAAGCUACUCAUGUUCCCCGAGAGCCGCAUUUUUCAGGCGGAAAAUGCCAAAAUCAAACGGGAGUGGCUUGAAGUGCUGGAAGAAACUAAGAGGGCCCUCAGUGAGAAAAGACGAAGGGAACAGGAGGAGGCAGCAGCCCCCCGAGGGCCAUCCCAAGUGACUGCCAAGGCCGGUAACCCAUUCGAGGAUGAAGAAGAAGAAGAACCAGCUGUUCCUGAGGUAGAAGAAGAGAAGGUGGACCUCUCAAUGGAAUGGAUCCAGGAGUUACCUGAAGACCUGGAUGUCUGUAUUGCCCAGAGGGACUUUGAAGGGGCCGUGGACCUGCUAGAUAAGUUGAAUCAUUACCUGGAAAAUAAGCCCAGUCCACCUCCUGUGAAAGAAUUGAGGGCCAAAGUGGAUGAGCGUGUCCGCCAGCUCACUGAGGUAUUAGUUUUCGAACUCUCCCCGGGUCGUUCCCUGAGGGGUGGUCCCAAGGCUACUCGCAGAGCUGUUUCUCAACUAAUCCGGCUGGGCCAGUGCACUAAGGCUUGUGAGCUGUUUUUGAGAAACAGAGCAGCAGCUGUGCAUACUGCAAUACGACAGCUUCGCAUUGAGGGUGCCACUUUACUCUAUAUUCAUAAGCUGUGCCAUGUCUUCUUUACCAGCCUUCUGGAGACUGCAAGGGAAUUUGAAACAGAUUUUGCAGGCACUGACAGUGGAUGCUACUCUGCCUUUGUGGUCUGGGCGCGGUCAGCCAUGGGCAUGUUUGUGGACGCUUUUAGCAAGCAGGUGUUUGAUAGUAAAGAGAGCCUUUCUACAGCAGCAGAGUGUGUAAAGGUGGCCAAGGAGCAUUGUCAGCAGCUGGGAGAUAUUGGACUAGACCUCACCUUCAUCAUCCAUGCCCUUCUGGUGAAAGACAUCCAGGGGGCCUUGCACAGUUACAAAGAAAUCAUAAUUGAAGCCACUAAGCACCGGAACUCUGAGGAGAUGUGGAGGAGGAUGAACUUGAUGACUCCGGAGGCCCUGGGUAAACUCAAAGAAGAGAUGAAGAGUUGCGGGGUGAGUAAUUUUGAGCAGUACACAGGGGAUGACUGCUGGGUGAAUCUCAGCUACACUGUGGUUGCCUUCACCAAACAGACCAUGGGCUUCUUGGAAGAGGCCUUGAAGCUGUAUUUCCCAGAGCUGCACAUGGUACUUUUGGAGAGCCUGUUAGAGAUCAUUUUGGUUGCUGUUCAGCAUGUGGAUUAUAGUCUUAGGUGUGAGCAGGAUCCAGAGAAAAAGGCCUUCAUUAGGCAGAAUGCAUCCUUUCUAUAUGAAACAGUCCUCCCUGUGGUGGAGAAAAGGUUUGAAGAAGGUGUGGGGAAACCUGCCAAGCAACUCCAAGACCUGAGGAACGCAUCCAGACUUAUUCGUGUGAAUCCCGAAAGUACAACAUCAGUGGUCUGAUGCAUGGAUUGAUUUAUAUGUAGAUACACAUAUAUUGCUUAUAUGUUAUUUAUAUUAAGUUACAUUAGUAUGUUGUUUAUAGUCUCAAACACAGCUUAAAAUUAAAUGAUGCUCUCUGAGAUAGAAAUGCAAAAUCAAAAGGAGAAAGAAAAAAUAUUAAGCCAAAAUAACAAAAAGGAUGGAAUAUUAAAACAUACACUUUCCUUUCAAAUUAUGCUAAUUUUCUAAUGAAUAUGUGGUCACAUUAUAGUAUUUCAGCUUCUCCUUUGAGUCAAAACACACAUUCUUACAGUAUGUAUUAUGCAGCACAGAGAAGUAAUGUCUGUAAAUCCAUAGAGUUUAAGAAUGUUAUGAAAAAUUUUCCCGUUCACUAAAACGUUAGAUUUCUUGAAGUACAUAAAAGGUGCGAUGCCAUAUAAAAUGCCCUGCCUCAUAUAUUUCCCCACCUUAAAAGGUGAUGGAACAAUUUGGUGAAAAGAAAGGUGUUGGAAAAUUGGUUUUAGGGUCUGUUAUAGUCAAAAGUAUUGUUUCGUCAAACUAGUGUGUGGACUCAGAUACUUCAGUCUUUAUAGAAUACACGGGGAAGCUUUCAUAAAAACUAGCAAACUUUUUGAACAUAAUUUGAAGGGUUAAUUAUUUUCAGCUGCUAAUUAGCAGCUUUAUAAUCUCAAGGACUAUGAUAAAGUAAUUUUUCAGUGUAUUCCUGAAUUGUGUAAAUUUCCAGCUGGAGUUUUUUGUCUUUGUUAUAUUGAAAAAUAAUAAGACACACUGAGGAAGCUGGCAGCAGUUAGUGAUUGUAGCCAUCCCUGUUUCAGUAUAGGUUAUGUAGUGGCUCAGACUUCAUGCAAAUGUAAGGAAAAUUUCAUUGAAACGUUUGUUUAGGUUUCAGGGUUUGGGUGCAUGGGAAAUUAGAAAAAAUCAUAUGCAAAUGCCAUAGUGUUCUCAAGUGUGACUACUUUGAGCAGAGAUUUCUGUUUCUGUUCUGUUCUUGGUAAUGUAGUGGCGAACAGAGAGGCGAGACGGUGUUCCCAAAGCAAAGGGAACACUGAGUCACAAAAGGUGAGAUCCUUCUGUGACUCCUGCUAGAAUGCUCCAUGCUGUUUUCCUUGUUUUAUCUUUUUAUUUUCCUUGCUUUGUUUUUUAAAAUAAUGCUUACUUCAGAUUGUUUAGUAAAACAAAAGUAACUAAAGAAAUUUCCCAAGGUUUCUAAACUAUUGCUUCUAAGCUAUUGGUUAUAUAACAUUUCUCAUACUUUGAAAUUAUGCUUGCUGAGAUCCAUUUCUCCGAUGUUCUUUUUGUCUCUAAGUGCCAUUUUUGAUGCUAAUAAUUUUGAAAGGUCAUUUCUUUUAUCUGAAUAAAAACGGUGAUAUUAAGACUGUGGAAAUUAUGUAAAACCUGACACAGAUCCAAACAGUGAGUUAGGGUUGUAAAACUUGAAAUUACUCUUAUUCCAGACGAGCUUUUUUAUCUUAUUUUUAGCUAUGCAUAUUUAAAACGUUGAAAAUUAUCAAAGUUACAAAUUUUCUUUGACUACUUUUCUCAUAUCACUUUAGGGUUUUCUAAAUAAUAAGACUAACUGGAUAUCUCAGUUGAACAAACACAGUUAUAAUUUGUUUUAAGAUCACUGGGAACUUGAAUUUGAUAAAAUUUUGUGAUUAUUAGAUUUCGUGCCAUUUAAGGUUUCUAAAAUUAUAUUGUAUGAAACAUGUAUUGUGUAAAUAUUUGAUCCUGAGUUCAUGAAAUUAUACUUCUAAAUCAAACUUCUCUUAAGGCGGCACGAAGUUGUAAAAACUUAAAUGUAUAUACUCAGAUAUUUAAAUGGUUGCUUCUUCAUAGAACUGUCUGCUUUUUAAAACUGGAAGUACAGAAUUUUCUUCUGUUAAAUGUGUGUUCCUUAAUCAGAGUUGUUUCUGAAGGAAGUAUGUUUUUUGGUGAAUCAAUUAGUAUGGGAAGUUGAUUAAAGACCACCAAUGUCAUAAUAUACCUUUUUGCCAAGACAGAACAAAUACGUUGCAUUCCUCUUCUCUCUGAUUCUUUUGUUUCAUUUGACUCCAAAACAAGUUCUAAAAAUUGAAUGCAAAAUUAUACUACAUACUGAAAUAUACCACUUACGAAUUGCUUGCCUUUCCUUGUUUGCUUCAAGCUUAACACUGUUGCUUGAACUUGGAAUCACAGACUUGAUUGAAUUAAUUGCUGUCGAAAAAAGAUAUCCUGUGGAAUUAAGUCUCUUUUUGAUUAAAGCCUCAUUUCACUUAUGUGCUGAAAAUGCACUUUUUUGUUUGUUUAAAAUACUACCUAUAGUUUAAUUAUCAGCACUUGUAUUUUACGACUUGAUUUUAUACCUAGGAUUGGGAAUUGGGGACUUAAUAUGUAGUAUAAAAUCAGUAUAUGUAAAUUUUGCUUAUUGAUAUGAUGCUGUGAUAUGAGGGAAUCUGAAAUGUUUUAUAAAAUAAAGCUUACAUUUUUUCUUAACACUGGAUAAAAUUGAUUGAUACUGCAAUAUUAUAUCUAUUUCUCUCCUUUAAUUAGGAUUUAAUAUUCUUCUGUCCCUGUUAACAGAAUAUUCUUUGAAGAACCAAGGCUGUUUUUCCGUUGUUUUUUGGUAUGGGGAGGAUAAGUAGGAAGCUGUUAGCUAAUUUAACUAAGUGUUCUGCUUACUGUCAGAAUUGUGAAUAAAUCAGGCAUCUCAAUAUUUUAGGAUUCCCUUGAAUGGGAAAUUUCAGAUGUACACAACGUGAAUUUACACUAAACUGAAUUUGGAGCCCUGGUGGUAUAGUGGUUAAGAUCUCGGCUGCUAACCAAAACGUUGGCGGUUCGAAUCCACCAGCUGCUCCUUGGAAACCCUAUGGGGCAGUUCUGCUCUAUCCUAUAGGGUCACUAUGAGUCGGAAUCGACUCAGUGGCAGUGGGUUUGGUUUUUUGGUUUGGUACUUACCUAAAUGAAAAAAAUACAAUGUAAGCCACAAGACCUAGGAACUAAAUGACAAAAUUCUGUUUUUGUUUUUGUUUUUUUUUUUUAAAUAAAGUAAUAGAUAUUGAGGGUACUAUCACAUAUAAUUGAUUUAAAUGUAUUUAUUGAAUGCUUAUGUCUAAUUUUUUUGGUGAAUCUAAUGGGUUGGGGUACAAAAUAAAUUUAGACAUGCUUUUUCCUAAGAUGCUUAAAAUUUGGAAAAAUCAACAAAUAUAAAUUAUAAAUAUAAAAACAUAUGCUAAACAGUGUGUUGCAGUUUAAGUACAGUAGGAAAACGGAAGACAGCAGUUAAUUUUGAGGAGUUGGGAAAGUUCUCAUGGGAUUGUUGGCAUUGGAGCUAGUCCUUGAAGAAUGAGCAAGAUUUAGAUCUGCAAAGAAAAAGUAAGAGCAUGACAUGAGCAAAGACACACAAGUGGGAACGUGGCAUUUAUGAAGUGACCUGCUUGAGCAGAUUGCAGAGUGUAAAUUGCACAGCUUUGUGAAAUAAUGCUUGUGUAGAGGGGCGAACCCUAUUGUGAAGAGGUUUGAAAGUCGAUCAUCAGGGUUUAGACUUGUAUUAGCUAUUGCAGAGCUGCUGCGGGUUUUUUAGUUUUUUAAUUAGAGGAAAGAAAAAUUACAAAAGUAAUACAUACUUAUUAAGAAAGCUUCAGUCCGUUCAGAAAGGAACAAGGUCAAAGUCCUCAUCCCCACCCAACCGCUACAACGAUCCCACUCACCAAGGUAACCACUGGUAAGAGUUCCUUGUAUAUUUUUUUUUUCCUGGAAAUUGGAUCAUACCAUAGGCUUGCUAUGAGUCAGAAUCGACUCAACGGCAGUGGGUAUACAUACUGUUCUGCAUCUUGAUUCUUUUCACUUAACAAUUCAGCAUAUUUAAGAUAUCUUUUCACAUCAAUACCUAUAGCAGUACCUCACUGGAUUUUUUUCUGUGAUAGAAUAAUAAUAACAUUGAAUGAACACAUCAUACUUUUGCAUUUCCCAGUUGCUUUGCUGUUCCAGGUUUUUGUGAUUACAAAAAAAAUCCUACAAAAAAGUUUCCUGAAUAUAUAUCUUUGCUUACUUGUAUGAAUAUAUAUAUCUAUAGGACACAUUUCUAAAAAUUGCUCUGCCAAACUGUACAUUUUAAAUUUAGAUAAACAUUGCCAAAUUGCUCACCAGGAAAGUUGUACCAUUUUGCAGUCUCCCCAACAGUAUAGGAGAAAGCCUAUUUCCCUAAAUGCUCGUAUGCAUUUAUUUAUUCAUUCAUUUUUUACUAAUAGGAUUAUUCUGAUUAGUAGUAAGAUUUAUUCAUUCUUAACUAAUCUUACCUGUUAAAAAACAGUAUCUGGUUUUAUUCGUAAUUUUAUGGGGUUGAGAAUUUUUUUUCUAUUAAACUACUUGUUUAUGUCAUUUGCUUACUUUUCUCAGAUUUAUAUUAUGAUUUUUAGGAAUUGAUUGUAUAUUUAGGAAAUCAACCAUAAUGUGGACUCUGUGUUAUAGUUUUUUUUUUUCAUUUAUCAUUUGUUUAUUCAUUUAUUUAUUUUUGUAGGAGCCCUGG